GCGCGAGGGCCGCGUGCAGAAGUGGGACUCCGAAAAGGGCUUCGGGUUCAUCGUCUCGCAGGGCCAGGAGAAGAAGGAGAAGGAGGACGACGAGAGCAAGGGCGUCUUCGUGCACCGAAAGAACGUGGUGGGCAGCACAGCCACGAACCCGAUCAACCUCAAAGAGGGAUGUCGGGUCCGCUUCAAGGUGGGGGAGCAGGACAGGCGGCAGUGCGCGCUCGAGGUCGUAAUGCUCGGGACGGACGGCAAGCCCCUGCCAAUCCACGCGGGUGCGACGACACUGGAGGAGAAGAAGAAGAGUUACUACGUCUCGGCGGAG